ACCACGCGGGACUUUUCUAAUCUAAUCACGCAUUAAUACGCCAGCCACGGUGUGGCUUUUUGUUUGUUUGUUUUUCUCCGCUUUUCGCUGCUUUCAUUGAGCGAACGAACCAGCAGAGGUGUCACGGUUGGCACCCGUUGCUGCUGCUGCUGACCCGAGACUCUGGCGGCCAACCACAUCCGGGAUAACGAGCAACUGUACUAACCAGUGUUUGCAGUGACCAUCCCGGACAUUUCAGGAAUGGCCGAGUCGAGGCCGGGACCAUCUGCCGAGGAGCCUGCGACGCCCAUCCGGAAAAUGGUUUCCUUCGAUCUGCUCGACGAACUGGAGCUGCUGCUGCACCGUAAAGGACGCCUAGCGGUGGUCAUGGUAACGGUCAUCGUACUGGCGCUGUGUUUCCUCGUUGUUGGCUUUCUGAUGGCUACCGGGAUCCUGUUGAUCACGUUCUUCCUCUUCAUCGGUGGCAUCAGCGCAAACCUUGAGGUGGACGCUGCGACCGGACUGUUGCCCACCACCUUCUUCUCGUCGGUGGUUUCGGAGUGAAGAAUAGAUGAAUUGAAUAAAAGUGUCCAAUCCGUCUGGGUGGACGGGCCCAAGUCA